ACCACGCCCUCUCUCCUUAUAAUCCUAGCUCUAUCUUUCUCUGAUCUCUGGCUUUCUCUAUUGUUGGGUCGAAGAGGAAUGGCUUUCCCUGCUAAAUUCAGGGUCAUUAUAAGUACUGUUCUGGUCCUAAUCCUUGUUCCUCUAGCUUCUAGUCUUGAUAAUACUGAUCACUACUGUCCUCCUUCUUCCUGUGGCAAUAUCCCCAACAUCAGCUAUCCGUUUCGACUAAAAGGCGAUUCACCAAACUGUGGAGACCAAGGGUAUGAGCUCUCAUGUGAUGAUAACAACCACACGUUGUUAUUUUUAAAUGGUAGUAAAUACUACGUAAGCCAAAUCAAUUACAACAACUACACAUUUCGAAUUGUAGACUCAGGUAUUCAGGAGAAUAAUUACUCCUUCAUCCCUCGUUAUUUUCUAAACCGAGAUAAUUUCAGUUGGAGUUGGUCGGACUGGAUGAUUCCACCAUAUUCUUCAAAAGUUGUGGUUAUUGUGAGCUGUGAAAAGCCAAUGGCUUCGGCUUCCCCUUUCUAUUCGAACACGCCUAUUUCUAGUACGAACUGUUCUAAUAUCAAUAAGGGAUAUGGGUCUUCUUCCAACUCCUCUUUUUCUCAAUAUUCCAAACGGUACUUAUAUCUUAUUGUUGGCAAUGGAGUGGAUGUGAUGGAUGUGGAGGAGUCGUGUACGAUAGUGCAAAUGUCUCUGACAUCGUGGAGGAGUUAUGGUGAUCUUAAUAUUUCCUGUACAGACAUCCGCAAUGUAUUCUCAUAUGGUUUUGAGCUUUCAUGGUACCGGAUUUAUUGUGGAAGCUGUGAAUACAAUCAUUGCUACCACAAUGACAAUAAUCAAGUUUUUUGCAACAAACGAUGGGGUUCUUGGUUAUUUUAUGCAGGAAAAGGAAAUGCUUUCGUUAUUUUCUUACUACAACAAGCCGCAAAUGUAGCUAAGUAUACUGGAUUGUUAUGGCUCAUCGGCCGAUUAUCCAAACUAUCAGUCAAAGAAUAUUAUACAUGGAGUAGUACUCCUUAUGGGGUACAUGUUAUCCGACUAGCUAUCCAACAUGUUAUCCGAUAUCCCAAUUUUGCAGUUUUAUUAAUUGGAUUACUACUCGAAUGGCGUUUGUCAAUCAGUGUAUUAGGCGCUCCAUUUGUGAUUGCAUUUUUGAUAUAUAAAUGGCGAAGGAGGCACUUAUCCAUAUACGAUGAUGUUGAGGAAUUUCUGCAAAGUCAAAAUAACCUCAUGCCAAUAAGGUACACUUUCUCAGAAAUUAAGAAAAUGACCAAACAUUUUAGGGAAAGAUUGGGUGAAGGAGGAUAUGGCACAGUAUUUAAAGGAACACUUCGAAGUGGACGUCUUGUAGCAGUAAAGAUGUUAAGCCAAUCCAAAGCAAAUGGGCAAGAUUUUAUCAAUGAAGUAGCAACCAUUGGAAGGAUCCAUCAUGCGAAUAUAGUGGAACUCAUUGGUUUUUGUGUUCAGGGUUCAAAGCGUGCCAUAAUAUAUGAGUUCAUGCCCAACGGAUCUCUAAACAAACACAUUUUUUCAGCAGAGGCAAAUAUCCUUAACUACGAGAAAACAUAUGAUAUUGCUUUAGGAGUGACUCGCGGGAUUGAGUAUUUACAUCAAGGAUGUGACAUGCAAAUUUUACAUUUUGACAUUAAGCCACACAACAUUCUUCUUGAUGAGAAUUUGAAACCCAAAGUUUCAGAUUUUGGCUUAGCGAAAUUGUACCCGGUGGAAGAUAGUAUUGUUCCUUUGACUCGUGCAAGAGGAACGCUUGGAUACAUGGCUCCUGAAAUGCUUUACAAAAAUAUUGGAGGCGUUUCAUACAAAGCUGAUGUCUAUAGCUUUGGAAUGUUGUUGAUGGAAAUGGUGAGCAGAAGAAAGAACUUGCAUGCAUCUACUGAACAUUUAAGCCAAAUUUACUUCCCCACUUGGAUAUAUGAUCAAUUCCAUGAUGGAAAGAAUAUAGAAAUAGAAGAUGCUACUGAAGAUGAAAGGAAAAUAUGUAAGAAGAUGUUGAUAGUCGCAUUAUGGUGCAUACAAUUGAAGCCUAGUGAUCGUCCAUCAAUGAACAAAGUCGUCAAAAUGCUUGAAGGAGAUGUUGAAUGCUUACAAGUUCCUCUCAAGCCUCUCCAACCAUCACUAAAGAGAGAGAUAAAUGGUGAUAGAGAUAAUUCAAAUCAAGCUUCAUCGUCAAUUCAAUAAGUUGAACAAAGUCUUAUUUAAUUUGUAUUGUUUAUCUUUCUAAAAGUGAACUAUCUCUUUCUAUAGUUUUUUUUUUAAGAGAAGACUUUGUACUAACCGAACUAUGAAAGUUUUGCUUCAAGCCCAUGAAAAAAGAGAAGAUCGACAAUAUAAAGUCAUAAUUAAUCUU